AUGGCUUUCAACUCUGCCAAGAAUGCCGCUGGUCGCAAGGAACACUCGACGCCGAACAAGGCUGCUCCCGAAGCUGCUGAACACUCGUCUAUAGAUGUUAAUGAGAACAAGACCGACAUGAUAAUCAAAUCCAACAAGAACGACAAGACAGCUGGUGAAAAGAAAGAUCGGCGCAAGGUAUGGGGUGAGCAUUACGACAAGCUAGCCAGCACCACUCCAGAGAAAUUUCUUGCCAAGGACCCUCAUCUCAAGGAGGUUCCCACCGCCAUGAGGCUUCCAUCCAAGGCCCGCGAGUACAUAGCUAAAGUGGAGGCUGAUGAUUUGGCGAACUUGGAGAACUCCUACGACGAUGGGAAGUUGUCAGAACACGACCUCUUGGAGUUGGGGGCCAGGGAAGUGUAUAUGUAG